ACUAUAUAAACCCCUCACAUGCAGGCAGUGCUUUUUUCACCGAGGGCUCUACCACUGAACACAGCCAAGAUGAAAGUACAAAACAUGACGUUCAAGGAGGGGCAGGAGUUCAAGAUCCGCGUCAAGCCCAAGGAUGACUGCGCCUCGUUUGCCGUCAACAUCGGUCACGACUCUGACAACAUCGCCCUGCACUUCAACCCGCGCUUCGACAGCGGCGGCGUCACCAACACCAUCGUUUGCAAUUCCAUGUCUGGCGGCUGCUGGGGGGAGGAGCACCGUGACGAGCACUUCCCCUUCGCUUGUGGGGAAGAAUCCAAGUUCUACAUCAACUUCAACAACGAGCAGUUUUACAUCAAACUUCCUGACGGCACCAUGAUGAACUUCCCCAACCGCCUGGGAGAUGUCAAGUACAGGCACUUUGAGGUCACCGGAGGUGCCAAGGUCAUUGGCAUCAAGAUCAAGUAGAUGCCGACGCCUCGCUGACCCGUUAACCUUCCACCAGAACCUCUUUUUCUACAUUUGAUCUGAGAGAGAAAACACAGUAAGCACAAACCUGAUCAUCUCUCUGAUCUGGUAAAGUUCAUGGGGAAAAAGGGAGAGACCAAGGAAAAUGCAUACCAACGCAUCAGCUCUGUUUCGUGGUGAGAAUAAAGGACCUCAAGAGGGCGCCAGACUGCACAGCUUGACGUCUACAUUGUGGAGGCCACUCUGGUUUUAUUAUUAAAAACCCAGUGGGAAAAA